AUGGCCCACUCAGGCAACGCGAGCUCCGGCUCUGGAGAAGGCCAUCGUGGAGGCGUCUGUCUCGCGGAGCAUUCUCCCCUGUUCCCUGCUACUCGCCAGUCGUUCGAAUCGACACCGUCUUCAACGGAUGGCACUGCCCGCGACUCCAAGUCGUCGUCUGACGUCUUCACCGCCGAUCUUUCUAACCAGAUGUCGCAGCUUCACCCCGGAGACUACCAGCUACCUCAGCCUCCCAAGUUCCAGCAGGCAAAGUUCACUUUCAACGACGGUCGGGAAGGUUCUAAGCACGUCUCGAACGUUCAGACUCCCGGCAAUUUCUCCGCUGGAAAGGCGUCUGUCCGUUCUGAAGGAACUGUCUUUGCGACUCCUGUUGGCCGUUCUGUCAUCGAGCCCACUGCUUCUGGCUAUCGAUCUGACGAAGAAGAUCACCGCAGAGAUGGCUACCCACUGCCAAAUUGA